AUGUCAAAUAUCAAGGAGAACAUCAGGGUAGAUUCUGGAACUGAAGACGAGCUCUCAGCUCCAUCCAAGCUAUUUUGCGUCACGCCGCGAAACUCCGCUGCCGGACAAGCAUGCCCCACUGGACAAGGUCGAACACCAUUUGCAAACUUGCGACACCUAGCCGGACUAAUGCGAAAGCCAUCAACGCCUCGGAGACGUGCUUCUAGCGUUGGCGCUACCACAUCUCGGGGCAGUGCCGUCGGCGCACUCUCCGCAAAGUCGCGCACGCCAGGUGCUCGCCGGCCACUGCAGGAAUUCUUGACGACGAGAAGCAAUCCCACAACACCCCACGCAAUCAGAGCUUUGCAGCAGCGAAGGGCUACGCCAGGUCGCGAUAGACGCAAAAGUAGGCGUAUGCAGCGUGAAACACCAAGGGAUGCACUUAGGAACCUUAGCAAGAUUCUGGCUUUGAAUAGCCAACCAUCUUCUCUUCCAUCGCACCUUGAACAAAAUGAGCGCCGCGUAACUGAAGGCAACAAUAUCGAAGAUGGUCUAGAGCUGCAGCGACCCGGCUUCUCCAUCGCGAUUGAAGAUCGAGCAGAUGAAGACGACAAUUUUCAGCUGGCGCCUCCGCGGCUGUCAAUGCAAUUAGAAGCGGGAGAACAGACCGGAAGAUCAAUAGAGAUUGGGCGGCGUGCUCUGGAUGAUCAACCACCGGGAAGGCUCUCCCGAGGCAGCUUUGGUACUGUCCGGGGCAGUAACCUAUUCGAUGAUCCGAGUGCGUUGGGCCUAAACGAUGUAUCGCAGCCUCUGUUCGAGGGUAGCGUAUUGCAAAUUGCGCCCGAUGCAGACGAGGAUGACUUCGGAGUUCUUGGAGGGAAAUCGAGCUCUGGUGAUGAAAGAGAAGGCUUGCGGCGCGCCAUGUACAAAGAUCACGAUCGUCGCGAAGGUCAUUCCAACAGAGUACAGCAGGCACGGGAGCUCGAGGGCGAAGGAAAGUCUCCCUUCAUUCUCAAUAUCCCAGUGCUUCAGUCUAGACGUUCUUCCGCGGAGGCAAACUUCCCAGACGAGCAACAGCUUGGAGGCCUCGACAAGGAGCCUGAGCAAAGUGUACUCAACGUGAGACCCACCAAUUCCAUCACGAAGGCUAAAGCCGGAAGGAGAGCGCCGAGACCCAUGAAGAAGUCACGCCAGGGGUUUCCGUAUCCCAGCUUUCCCGCUGGGGUCACUAAAAAUAUUGCAUCUACUUUCGCUCGAUCACUGGGCAGCAAAUCGACUAUAAUAGACAAGGAAACACUUGAGGCCAUCACUGAGGCUAUUGACCAAUACUUCGAACAGCUCAGUAUCGAUCUUGGUGUCUUCGCUAGCCAUGCGGGAAGACGGAAAAUUGGCGAAAACGAUGUCAUUGCUGUCAUGUUGCGGUACGUCAUUCCAACUCUUGGCCCGGCAUAA